AUGGAAAUACCUGACGGCUUUGCGUGGAAGGAAGCCAUCAAGUUCAUUCAGAUGCAGAUCCUGCUUUUUAAAGUUUUGGAUCCUGCUCUCCAGAAGCAAAAGGCACCUUUCAAGGGCUCUGUAGCCAGCGUGCUGGUGGGUACUGCUUUGGACAGCGCCCACGGAGCCGUUUCCACCAGCACGGAGCAGUCUGCGACAGCGCUGCCCCAGGCUGCGAGCGGCUCCGAGACUCCCCGGGCUCUCGCGGUUACAUCACUUCCUAAAAAACAGGCAAACACCUCUCCUUCAAGUGAGCACCGACCCAAACAAGCAGGAAACAGGAAAUGUGCGCGGCGGCGGCGGCCGGAGGGAGCCCCGCGCAGCACCCCGCGAGCUGACAUGAGCGCCCCGCAAGCCGCGCGCCUCAGCGUCCUGGGCCUCGCGCUGGGCCUGGCCGCCCACCAGGGUAAAAGUGAAGACUCAGGACUGUCAGGAGAUGGUUUCCCAGAAGGUAACAAAACCAUUGAAGAGGAUACAUCAAGCACGUUUAUGGUAGUGAUCCCGGAAGCGUUUCCUGCAGAUACGAAUUCUACCCAACUUCCCGAGGAUACAAAUCAGUUAGAAUUUAUGUUAAUGGUGUUGAUCCCAUUGAUUUUAUUGAGCCUCCUUCUUGUAUCUGUGGUACUCCUUGCAACAUACUAUAAAAGAAAGAGAACUAAACAAGAGCCCUCUAGCCAAGGAUCUCAAAGUGCUUUACAGACAUGUGAACUGGGUGGUGAAAGCCUCAAAGUCCCUAUUUUCGAGGAGGACACACCUUCUGUUAUGGAAAUAGAGAUGGAAGAGCUAGAUAAGUGGAUGAACAGCAUGAAUAGAAAUGCCGAUGGUGAAUGUUUGCCUACUCUGAAGGAAGAAAAGGAAUCAAAUCACAACCCUAGUGACAGUGAAUCCUAACACAGAAAGGUGCUCAUGUUCCCAAGAGAAGUCGGCCCUGAGGGAGCCUGCUGGGCCUGCCAACAGAGGAUGGACAGGAUGCAGUUUAAUGAAUUUCAGAUCCACGCAGACGGAAGAACCUUUGCUGUUUCUUCCAGUGCCCACUCUCCUUGUGUUGGCAUCCCCUGUCCCUGUCCCUGUCCCCAGAAGGAGGAGCCCAGCUGUCCUCAGAGCUGCUCAGGGCUGAGGAGGACCAGAGGGGGCCUGGCGCGCCCAGGCGGUGGCCCCUCCUCCAGACACCCCAGUCUCACUCACUCUGGCCCCCUCUCCAGGUCCUUGUUAACUUUCUCCUUCGUUCCUCAGGGUUUAAAUCAGGAAGCUGUUGUAUCUAUGGUUUCCUUCUGGGUCAACUUAUUACCUAACCAGCUUUGGAUGAUUUCCUCUCAUUAUUCAAGAGCUCUGACAAGUUGGCUCCAUUCAGCAAGACCUUUCUCCAGGAGAGGGAGGUCGCAGAGGAGACACCAGGCAAAGUGUGCGCCUCAGUGUCUACGCCACCCCGGGGGCUUUCCAAGCUCUCCGUCACCAGCUGAGAAAAUCCAGUGAGAGAGUACGUGGUCCUGAGGAGAUGGCGUUGGGUCACUUGUAGACUUUGAUGCAGCCACAGCCUGGUCACCUUUGGGGAAUUCUCAGAGGAACUAGGAGGCUUCAAAGAAAGAACCAGCAUUUUCCUUCUCAGCUAAAAUCGCCUGUGCUUGCGACCUUUCCCCCCAGCACCUUCUCGUUUCAUCACACCUGCCAUGCUUGUAGGAAGUGGGCAGCGAGUGGGCACAGGUGGGAGUCAUCUAUCACCCGUCUCAUCUCAGGGAUCUUCAAACUCUUUUGAAAUCAAGCGGGGACAGGAAAUAUCUGUACCCAUGUCAGAUAGCUCCCAUGGUGCAGUGCAUUCUUGUCCUGCCAAGCUGGGACACCCUUGUGCUCAAAGACGUGGGACUUUCCCCCCUUCUGUCCCUCUUUUGGACAGAAGCUUUCUUUCCCUCAAUAAAUACAUUCUGCUCUUGAAAAAAAAUACACGAGGGCCCAUAAGACCACUUCCCUCACAAAAAAUCUGUUUCUGUUUAAUCCUUAGCUUUCUAAUUCUCACUUUAAAAUUAAUCUAGCAAAUGGAGAGUCCUUAGCUUCCUUAGGACACUUGACAUUGUAUUCCAAGAAAGACAUGAAGACUGAAAACUUUAUUUAUUUCUCUAAAUGCAUAUAAACCAAGGGGAGAGGAAGUUAACUGGACUUUUGCUGCUGAGUUUGGGUGUGUGUUGGAAAGGCUGCCUGCAUGUGUCACAAAACCCCCUGUCAUGCCUCGUACAAAUCCUUUAGCAAGUACGUGCUUUCUGAAGUAAGCAGAUAGUUUUAAAGGCAGAGUUUCAGGCCCAAGAAGUCUCUCCACACAGCAAACAGCCCAGCUAUCUGGCUGUAUUUAACUACUGCUGUCAUGCUCUCAUGGGACUGCCUAGAGCUCUGACAAAGGGCAAUCAUCCUGGUCUACAACUGCAACAGGUCUGUCAGCCUCGCAUUAGCACAUCCUUACACAGCUCUUUAUUUUCAUCACUGCUUUGCAUACUCAUAAAUCAACUUAUGGUCCAGAAAGACUCUCGGAUAUUUAUGCCAACAUUGCUGCUUCCUGAAUCAUCCAUCUUAUCUAUUUUGUGCGUGUGUUUAUCACUUUAAGUUGGUUUCUCUUUCUCAGAAGAGCCUCAGUUUGCUUUUCUGGGUAUCUAAGAUCUUCACUGAACACUCAGGCUUUUAACCUUGAUAUGACCUUAUUAAAUAAUGAACUUUCAAGGUUCUCGGAAGUAUGGGGGGUCCCAGAGUCUCAUUUGAUAAAGAAAGAUUGUGUGAUAUAAUAAAAUAUUUCAUUCAGUGUUUAAAUAACUUCAAAUUCUAUUAUCUAUCAAUCCAUCCAUCCAUCUGGGUUGUUCCAUUUAUUUAUUUAUUUAUUUUUAUCUUUUUGAGACAAGAAGAAACACACCUCAGCAAGAUGCCCCUGAGUUCGUAUCUGAAAAAUCUACUGACUUCUACAAGUUACUUUUUAAAAAGGUAUUCUGGAAAGAUCCAUGCAGUUAGUAUAGGUAAAAACAGUCACAGAAUCAUCCUAGAACCAGACAUCCUUUUAUUACUAUCCAAUCAGCGCGUAUCGUGAACGCAUAACAACUCCAAGAAUUGCUUUCAACCCCAAGUUAAUUUUAUGUUUCAGAUUUGACAUUCAAUAAAACAAGGUUAUUAAUUUGCCCUAGUUGGAGAGCCAACCAGAGCAUCAUCUGACUUUGAAAUAGUUUAAAGAUACCAGUUUCAUUAUAUUUUUGUCCUUUUAAACAGACUAGGUUAAGGACACCGUCCAGUGAAACUCUCGAGGAAGCUGUUGUAACGUAUAAAAAUGCCGAUUUGUGACUCCUCUCUCUGGGGAGGGCACAGCAUCCAAAACCAAGCACAAAUCCUGGAUCAGUCACGGCAUCAUGGGGUAGCAGGUGCUUCCUCUGACUUCCAUAGCUGUAGCAGUGGGACUAAUGUCAACAUAAAUGAGUGCUUUUGAAAAAUACUUGUAUUUUUUUAUUUUGGUGGUUUAAGCCAUCAAUUUAAACCAUCUCUGGGAAAAUGCCUCAUGUUGAGUAAAUGUGAAACACAGGUGUUAGUUUCAUCUUCUGUUGGAAUUAGAGCAAAUUCUGAACCUAGUGGAGUGAGAAGACACAGUUUCCCCUGGGAAGGUGCUGAUGAAAUUCUAGUGGGGAAAAGAUUAAAACUUUGUACUGAAGAACACAUGUGACUUUUUCACGUGCAGAGGACACUCAGGAUGGAUUCUGGGGUUUCCAUGGGACAGCUACAAGCAAUGUGGGGGGGGCACACACACCUGUAAUCCCAGCACUUGGGAGGCUGAGGCAGGAGGAUCAUAAAUUGAAGCCAAGCCUGGGCAGUUGAGUGACUAAGCAAGACCCUGCCUGUUUCAGACAGAGAGGGAGAGAGAGAGAGAAAGAGAAGAAAACAAGGGCUGGAGAUGUAGUCCAGUGCAAAGGCCCUAGGUUCAUGCCCAGUACCACUGAAAGAAAACAGAAAAGCAGUCCAGAGCAGCCUCACUUGCAGAUGCAUUUCUGCAACCUGACAGUAUCCAGAAGAGCUCCUAUAUAUUAGGGAGAACUGGAAUCGGUCUAAUUGGUUAUUGAUAAUUAUAAAGCUCAAACAACCAAUUACUUGAAUCUUUUUUUUAGCUGCACUUUGGCAUUGCCUUGAUACUGUCUUGCUUGGCAUCAAAAUUUGAUUUUCCUCUUAGUCAUUUGGGAGGGGAGUUGUUAUUUAUGUGCACUUUUUCCCCUACUGCUUUUUCUAAGUAACACAUGUUCAUGAGAUAGCAAUAGCAAUUCAUAGAAUUAUGUUAAAUUAUGGAUGCUGUCACAAGCUAAAGCUGUAUAAGCUUUAAUAUAUAUAAUUUAAAUAAUAUAUUUAAUAAUAAAUUUCAGAAAUUUUGCUGUGCUUUAAGAGGUUAAAUUCCUACCCCAAAGUGCUUCAGAUAGCUUGAAGACUUUCACUUCAGCAGUGUGCACAGAUAAAAGUACAACUCUAGUGUUUCAAGGUAGCACAGGUAGAUGGGCUUUUUGCUUUUUGGUUUAGCUUUCACUUUGGUUUAGCUUUCACUUCAGGAGCCGUAUUCUGUGUCACAUUAUCAUCUUUGGCCUUUGGUACUUGAUCAAUAAGUACCAUAAUUGGAUUUUGCGAAAAGCGUAUUCUUCAUUUUUCAUUUCCUUGGUCUUCAUGUGAAGGGCUUAGUAAGUGAAUGAUACGCAUCUUCUACAAACAUAAGCAACAUUUUUUUCAGUGCAGAUCUCAGUUAAGAGUAAUCAUUGUGUUCCUCUGACUUGGAUGGAAAUGUGAAAACUCUGCAUGUUAAAUAUACAACAAGUUAAAAAUAAUCUGGUAGAUCAAUAGUAAUUUAAUAUCGCAUGCCUUGUAUUUUAAAUUAACUGAAAAUAAUGUGAAAAAGUGCUGUGUUUGAUUCUCAUUUUACAAGCCAUGUAAUAUGUUUCUUGGAGGUCAGACAGACUGUCAGCUGUCAUACUAAUCACUUUACGUUCAUCCCAGCUAUGCGUAAAUGCUCGCUUUUAAGGCUCAGAGAAGAAUUGCCCCAAUGCUACUGGUUAGAACUGAUUUGUAAAACUAUCAAAGCUUUAAGCCUGACUGAGCAUUUUAGCUUUUUUUAAUCUCUUAUUUAACAUGCUAAGAAUGACAUAUAUAGCAAUAUUUUCUUUAUGACAUUUUUAUCAAUGUCAGAUAUGCAAGUAUGUGUAUGUAUAAAUGAUUCUCAGGUGCAUUUAAAAAAUAAAAUAAAUAAAUACAUGUCCAUAUGUUAAACUGUCUACUCAGCAAUCAUAGAUAGAAAAGCAUUUGUAAAUUUAAUUAAGCACUAUAAAAGGAAAAAUAUUUACUUAUUAGUUUCUAUGUAAUGGGUAAACAUCAAUACUUAGAAUAAAAUUUUGAAAUAAGA